ACAUAAUUGCCUAAAAACUCCACCAAGAUGCGCCGCAUCGAAAUUUCUUAACGUGAUGAGACUUCUCUGCUCUCAGCCAACAUGCUUAGGCUCUCGACCGCAGAUGGCUUCAUGAGCGUGAAGGAAGGAGUCGACGACAUGAUUAAGUAUCUUGCUAACGAGCCUUCUGCGGGUCUCUAUUUCGUGCAACAGCACGCCCAAGCAUCCAUGCCCCGCCUCCUUGAUAUUAGGGACAAAGUUUUGGAAAGGAUUCAUGAGGUGAACCUUCACACUGAAGAUAUUGAAGAUUCAAUUGAUGCAGUACGGUCAAUGACAGAAAUUGGCUAUCCACUUGCUGAGGAGAUGAUUAAAGACAUCAAAACAUCUCUACUCAUUAUUUCAAAAUGCCAAAGAAAAAAGGGGCUAAUCCAAACUCCAACCAGGAAUCAUCAGGCUGAUAGCAUCAACUCAAAAGCAGCUGUAGUUGCUUAUGGUGACAAGUCCGGCCAACAAGAGGAUGAAGGAAGCCGCGGCUACCUAUCUUCUGUUCUUAAUUCAGCUAAACAAAAGGCUGCAGGUUUUCGGCUGGCUCUGAACAAUCAUCCAUCAAAAGUUGAUCAACUUGUUCAGCCUUCAUCUCAACCACCAUUUGAAUCAGAUUCCUCCGCUCGAUCUUCUACAGAAGCUGAGGAACUACCUGUGUCAAGCAGCCUGGAGAUUGAUUUAAAGCCAUUGAACCCUUUAGGUUUUCAUUGCUCGCUUGACUCUGAACUUUUGCAUCCUUUGGAAGAUUACAACAAAUUUAAAUAUGAGAAAGAAGCUAAGUUUGAAGAGUGGCUGCAGGAAAUUGAAGGGCAUGACAAAUUUCAUACACCUGGUGAUUGAUAUUGUCUUGGAGAUGUACUUGGGACAUUGCCUCUGGUAAGUGUAUUCUUUUCUUGGGGCAUUUACAUCAACAGCACACAAUUCAUAUAUCUAACACCUCAAAUGUCAUA